ACUUUCAACCCGGCAGCGAUUGUUCCUUCCUUUCCUGUUUCGGCCUCUGUCAGAGACACACAUAGAGAAACAAUCUGCCGUGUUACCGGUGGGAUGAAGGUGAAGGCCGACAGAGACGAGUCCUCUCCUUAUGCUGCUAUGUUGGCGGCUCAGGAUGUGGCUCAGAGGUGCAAGGAGCUGGGCAUCACCGCUCUGCACAUCAAGCUGAGGGCCACUGGUGGAAACAGAACCAAGACACCUGGACCAGGGGCACAGUCUGCGCUCCGGGCUCUGGCUCGUUCCGGCAUGAAGAUUGGCCGUAUCGAGGACGUCACCCCCAUUCCAUCGGACAGCACCCGCAGAAAGGGAGGUCGCCGUGGACGUCGUCUGUAAACUAUUGGAUUUUUUCAGAAUAAAACGUCAAAUAAUA